AUGACAUCUAUCUCUGAGCCCCUGAUCGCGGACGAAGCCGAGGAGAAAUCAUGGCAACACGACUUCUCUCUCCAACUAUCCGGCGAAGACAGAUUAAAUCCUGCGCAGAACAUAUACGGCCAUGGUGCUUUUGACAGCCCCUCACUUACUAUCUCGGAGGACCUGUAUCAAGAGUUGACGGCCUUCUCGGUGUCUUCCUUCAAGAAUGAGCACGUCAACUGGGAAGUAUCCUUUCCGCCACACUUCCCAACGCGUGAUUCAACGAAGAAGGAGGCGAACGCGAGUACAAAUUCACAACCAGUGACGCAGUCUCGAAAAAGAUCCGCUGGAAAGGCAUUUUCAAGCGACCAGGUAGAGGAUGAUGGGGUGCGUGCCAGGCAGAAAGGAAAGACAGAUGCUGAUAGCGGUGACAAGACACGCCGUCAACUUGCCUGUCCAUUCCAAAAGCUGGAUUCGCAUAAGCAUCACGAGUGUUUGAAGUAUGCGUUACAUCGCAUCAAGGACGUGAAGCAGCACGUGUACCGGCGCCAUAAGCAGCCCGAUUACUACUGCGCACGAUGUUUUGAAAUUUUCAAGACAGCCGAGACGAGGGAUGAGCAUGCAAGAAGGAGGAGCUGCGAUAAUCUGGACACACCUGGCUUCGAGGGCAUAUCUGAUGAGCAAAGGAGCAAACUGAACAAGAGCUCAUCUCGGGGACUAGAUACUCAAGGUCAAUGGUUCGAAAUGUGGGACAUCAUCUUUCCGGGUAAGGAAAGACCCAGUUCUGCAUGGGUAGGGAGUUAUAUGGAGGAGAUGGUACCUUUGCUCCGCAGUCUAUGGAGGAACAAGAGCUCUAGUAUUCUGGCCAAGGCUCUGAGCAAGGAAAAAGCAAAUACGCUCGACUCUGGUAUUCUCGAUGGUGUAGUGGGGGCGAUUUUCGAUUGCCUCGAGGCAGAGACGUCCGCCUCACUUGGGAGGAACGCACGCUGGAGCUGUACCCAAGGUCAAGUCAAGCUUUCUGAUGAUCAAUCGCCAAUUCCGACACCGCCUUCCACAUUCAUCACUGAUUCAACCCAGUUCAUUUUUGGCGAGCCGCAGGAAAUGUUCCCGGAAUUCAACAUAACUGGGCAGGAUGAAGUGUUUCAAAACGGAUUUGUAUUCGGAGAAAGGUGA